AUGUAUCAACGUUACAUGGCACUGAUGAGCCGAAGGCCGUUGUUAACUCAAAUGGCUACAUCAGCUGUGAUUGCGGGUGGAGGUGAUCUCAUUUGUCAGAAGUUCAUCGAAAGACGUUCUUGGCAACAAUACGAUGCGAUUAGAACCGGGAGAUUCUUUGUGUUAGCCGGAUUCUUCAUUGCCCCAAUUUUAAAUCGAUGGUUUCGAGUGCUCGAAUUGGUGAAAAGAGGCAACCCUAAGCUGGUACCAUUGAAAAGAAUGUUAAUCGAUCAGAGUACAUUCUCGCCGAUAUUCAACUUUAUCAUCCUCGUCAACUUGAGGAUACUCGAAGGAAUCAGUCCAAAGGAGAGCUUUGAAAUGGCGAAAAGCGACUGGUGGCCUGUUUGGAGCACGAGUUUGCUGUUUUGGCCUCCCGUCCAGCUAGCCAACUUCUAUUUUGUACCACUGAAUCAUCGCGUGGUUGUCACUCAAAUUGGUGGCCUUGUUUGGAACUCCUAUCUCUCAUACCGUACCCAGAAGAAAUUGGACAUCGAUGAGCCUGUUAAGCCCGAGAUUUUAUUGAGAAAUGCGAUUUCUCUCUGGAUGUUGAUCAUCGGAACGUGUCGCGGCGUGUCGAAGUGUUGUUGCUCGUUGAUUUGGCCGUCUCUUCUCGUCUCUCCCCUCCUCCGCUCAUCUUUCGCCCAUGUGAUUUCCACGAAACAUCUCGUCAAACCAAUCCGCGCAUCUCUCCGUCUCUCAUCCACUUCCUCGAGCCAUCGCCCGAUCACUCGACACAACAUGCAAACGACUGGAAGCGGCGAUUACCAUGAGGCUUCGAAAGAGUAUUAUCAGGCGGCAAUUGCUCGGCUCAAUUCACUCCAAACAAAUGCCCAAACAAUCGAAAAGAUGCGCGAGAAGAGAGAUCUCUUUCAAGCGAACAAUGUGCCAGAAAUGGUGGAAAUUAUGCGAGAUUGCGGAAUACAGCCAGAAGACAUUAAUCGCCUCAACGUCAUUCAUGUGAGUGGGACAAAAGGAAAGGGCUCAACGUGUGCCUUCAUUGAAUCGAUGCUUCGAGCGCUUGGGUAUAAAACAGGAUUUUACAGUUCGCCGCAUUUGGUGCAUGCUCGUGAGCGGAUUCGAAUCAACGGAACUCCGAUUUCGCAGGAAUCUUUUGCCGAAAAUCUCUUCGCUCUCCACGAUAAAGUGACAAAAGCGGUACAAGAAAGCGAUCAUUUAUCAAUGCCGGCUUACUUCAAAUUUUUGACCAUACUCGCUUUUGAUGUGUUCGUCAAAGAAAAGGUUGAUGUAGCAGUUGUUGAAGUCGGAAUUGGGGGUCAAUAUGAUUGCACAAAUGUUGUUCAAAAGCCGAAAGUUUGCGCGGUGACCACUCUCGACUACGAUCACACAUCGCUACUUGGAACAACGAUUAAGGAGAUUGCUUGGCAUAAGGCCGGAAUAUUCAAAUCUGGUUCUCCCGCGAUUGUCUCCGAUGUUUCACCGAUUAGCCUUGAAGUGAUGCAAACACGAGCUGAAGAACGGAAGGUUUCAAUAUUGGCCGAAAGUCCACCAUUGAACGAGUAUCAAAUAGAUGGCGAGUUGCAUCCGGGAAUAUCAGGCGAUCAUCAGAAGCACAACGUCUCGCUGGCUCUACAAGUGGUGCGGACAUGGUUAAGAAACACUAGUCAUAAAGAAGAUAUAUUCACUGAACGAUCUUGGAGUCCCGGCGAGCCUUUCCAUGUUCCUCCAAUUCUUCACCAAGCAAUUGAAAGCUGUCAUUGGGCUGGACGAAGUCAGAUUAUUGAGAAAGGUUCUUCAUGUUUUUACCUCGAUGGAGCUCAUACACCGAAGUCAAUUGAGAUGUGUGCACGUUGGUUCUCGACGACUGUUUCUAAAGAAUCGCAAAGAAAAAAAAGAAUCUUACUUUUUCAUUGCACCGCUGACCGAAAACCCGAAACUUUGUUACCGUAUUUGAAGGAUCUCGACUUCGACUUUGCCCUUUUCUGCCCGACUGUUGUGAGCACUGUUUUGGACACGAAAUCGGAUCAGAUGAAUUUCAACCAAGACGUGAAGAAUGCCUGCAUGAGGAGUAUUGAAUCGAGCAAUGUUUGGAAGGAGAUUAGUUCAAAAACGGAGUGCCACACUUUUCCGUGCAUUCAAUCGUCAAUCUCUGCGAUUGAGAAGAUGAGCCGUGAAUUCCCAUUGGAUGUGCUUGUAACGGGAAGUCUUCAUCUUGUCGGUGGUGUCAUCUCGUUAAUCGAUCCUCAAUCGACAAUU